AUGGUCUCUUUCAAACAGCUGGUCGACGCUCAACGGCAAUUCUUUAGAAGUGGUGGGACGCGAUGUUUGAAAGCGCGACAUGCGACAUUAACGACAGUGAAGAAAAUGAUCGAAGAUCAUCAUGAGGAAAUCGUGAAAGCCAUUUUCAAAGACCUACACAGGGAUGGAACUCGUGAAGUAGGUAGUUCGAUAAGAGCAGUUGACGAGCUAUUAGAUAAUCUUGAUCAAUGGAAUGCUCCCACAAAGGUGGAUACACCUUCGAACCUCACCAGUGAAGAUGACGUCGUGAUGAUGCCAGAACCGUUGGCUCUUGCUGGAGGUAACACCGUGAUUUUGAAGCUGUCAGAAUUCGCACCUGCAUUUUCGUCCCUGUUUUCGGGUCUAGUGACAAAGUAUUUUGACAAGAACGUAUUCGCAACUGUGGAGGGAGCAGUGCCUGAGACAACAGCGCUUCUUGAAGAGCGGUUUGAUCACAUUGUAUACACUGGAAACCCGACUGUUGCAAGGGUGGUCAUGGCAGCAGCGGCCAAAAACCUCACACCAGUCACACUCGAACUGGGAGGAAAAAACCCCGUCCUGGUGGAGCCGGACGCCGAUCUCGAUGAUGCCGCUAGGAAGAUUAUCAAUGCAAAAACUAUAAAUUGUGGACAAAUAUGUUUGUCAGCUGAUUAUGUUCUUACGACUGAAGAGGUGAAACCGAAAUUGAUCGCGGCCCUCGCUAAGGUGCUUGACGCUAUGGCUCCGAUCAAAGAGAGCAAAACUUAUGCACGUAUAGUGAAUGAGAGACAUUUUGACCGACUUUCGUCGCUGUUGUCCAAAACCAAAGGACGCGUCGUAUACAAAGCCGAUGGUGAGUUGGAUCGUGCGGAUAAAUUCAUCCCUCCACACAUUAUUGAAAUCGACAAGGAUGACGAAUUCAUGAAAGAUGAGAUCUUCGGACCAUUUCUACCAAUUUUGACGGUAAAAUCAUUCGACGAAUCGCUCGACUACGUUAACGACCACGAAAAACCGCUAGGCGCAUACCUUUUCACUAAGGAUCUAGAGAAGACAAAACGUUUUCUAAGGGAAACUUCAAGUGGUGGUGUGACAGUCAAUGACGUUAUGAUGCACUCUUGGGUCAAUAGUGUACCAUUUGGUGGCGUCGGCAAUAGCGGCAUGGGACAGAUUGGCGGAAAAUUCGGUUUUGAUAGUUUUGUACACCGUAAACCGAUUCUUAUUAGAAAUGGUGCCGACCGUGAUGCACACCCGCGUGCACUCGGAGACAAUCUUGUUCUCCUACGCAUGAGGUACUCCAGUCCCAUUAGUGUUCGUUUACUUCAUAUGUUAGAAAGUGCAUGUAAUAUUACGGGCCAGCGGACGAAUUACGCCGAAAUCCUUCAGAAUUUUCCCAUACGUCAAUUUAAGGAACUAACACGUGUCCUUCACAACUAG